AUGGCGGACGGCGGUGACGAGCAGGGCGCGGCAGCGGGCGGUGCCGCGGUGGAGAUAGCGGAGCGGUUCUCCUUCUACGGGGUGUCGGCGAACCUCAUCACCUUCCUGACGGGCCCGCUGGGGGAAGGGGUCGCGGCGGCGGCGUCGGCCAUCAACGCGUGGAACGGCACGGCGCAGCUGCUGCCGCUGCUGGGCGGGACGCUCGCGGACUCGUGGCUCGGCCGCUACGGCACCAUCGUGCUCGCCUCGCUCGUCUACAUCCUCGGUCUAGGCAUGCUGGCCUUCUCGACCUUGCUCUCCUCGGGCAGCGGCCACCAAUGCACCACCGCCGGGGGCCAGACCCAGACCUGCGCGCCGUCCACCCUGAAGGUGACCUUCUUCUACGUCUCCCUCUACAUCGUGGCGGUGGCGCAGGGCGGGCACAAGCCGUGCGUCCAGGCGUUCGGCGCCGACCAGUUCGACCAGAGCGACCCCAAGGAGACCAUCUCCCGGAGCUCCUUCUUCAACUGGUGGUACUUCGGCAUGUGCGCCGGCACCGCCGUCACGCUCGUGCUCCUCAGCUACGUGCAGGACAACAUCGGGUGGGGCCUCGGCUUCGGCAUCCCGUGCGCCGUCAUGGCGGCCGCGCUCGCCGUGUUCCUUCUCGGCACACGAACGUACCGGUACUACGUCACUGCCGGGGACCGGGGCCUGUUCGCUCGUGCCAGCGAGGCUUUCGCUGAGUGGCGGAGCAAGCGAAAGGCCCUGCAGCAUGGUGAUCGACCUGCAGCAGAGGGGGCGCCGGGAUUCAGUGCUGGUGUCGUCGAUGAGGAGCAGGCUGCAGUGAGCAAUAAUGCAGGCCUCGUCAAGGAGGCCAAGGCCAUCAUCCGUCUGUUCCCGAUAUGGGCGACGUGCCUGCUCUACGCGGUGGCGUUCUCGCAGUCGUCGACGUUCUUCACCAAACAGGCGGCGACCCUGGACCGGCGCGUCGGGCGGCACGGCUUGCAGGUGCCACCGGCCGCGCUGCAAAGCUUCAUCAGCAUCACCAUCGUCGUCUUCAUCCCCAUCUACGACCGUGUCCUCGUGCCCGUGUCGCGCCGGUACUCUGGCAAGCCAUCCGGGAUCACCAUGCUGCAGCGCAUCGGCACGGGGAUGUUCCUCUCGCUCCUGUCCAUGGUGAUCGCGGCGCUCGUCGAGAAGCACCGGCUCGGCGUCGCGCGGGACGCUGGCCUCGUGGACAAGCCAAAGGUCCCGCUACCGAUGAGCCUGUGGUGGAUGGUGCCGCAGUACGUGCUGUUCGGGGCCGCCGACGUGUUCACCAUGGUCGGCCUGCAGGAGUUCUUCUACGAUCAGGUGCCGGACAAGCUGCGCAGCCUCGGGCUGGCGCUCUACCUCAGCAUCUUCGGCGUCGGCAGCUUCAUCAGCAGCGCGCUCGUGUCGGUCAUCGACAGGGUGACGGCGGCCAGGGGCGGGAGCUGGUUCUCCAACAACCUGAACCGCGGCCACGUGGACUACUUCUACUGGCUGCUCGCCGCGCUCAGCGCCGUCGAGCUCCUCGCCUAUGUCUUCUUCGCCGUGACGUACAAGUACAAGAACAAAGGAGCCGUACAUGCAACUGUUGAGGGUUAG